UCCUCAUCACGCCUCUCAACUCUCCCCACCCAAGCCUCCAAACAACGCCAACUCUCACACCUGAACUCGCAACUCGCACAGCUCACAGCACACAUGUCUGAUCUCGAAAACUUGCUACGCAUGACUGCUGUGCAAGCUGAGGGGAUGAGAGGAUUGGGAGGCUAUGCGGGUGCUAUGUUUAUGGCUGCGUCCAAAGUCCUGGGCGAGGAGGCUGUGAAG